CCGCCGCAGCCACGGGCGCAUGGGACGGGGGCGGGAGGCCCCCUCCCCUCCCGUCCCCGGGCUCCCCGCCCCUGCCCCGCAUUGGCUGCAGGCGGCUGACGGGCAGCUGGGGAGGACCCUGUCAGCCGGCCGCGGCGGGGCAUGCCUGCACUGGGGUCCGGCCGCGCCGCGGAGCGGGGCUGUACGGAGCCGAGCCGAACAGAACAGAGCGGUGCCAAACCCAGUCGAGCCGUGCCGGACGCAGCCGCCAUGGGGGUAGAGAUCGAGACCAUCUCUCCGGGAGACGGACGGACAUUUCCAAAGAAGGGUCAAACGUGUGUGGUGCACUACACAGGGAUGCUACAGAAUGGAAAGAAGUUUGAUUCCUCCAGAGACAGAAAUAAGCCUUUCAGGUUCAAGAUUGGUAGACAAGAAGUCAUUAAAGGAUUCGAAGAAGGUGUUACGCAGAUGAGCUUAGGACAAAGAGCAAAGUUGACCUGCACACCUGAGAUGGCCUAUGGAGCCACGGGUCACCCUGGGGUCAUCCCUCCCAAUGCUACUCUCCUCUUUGAUGUGGAGCUUCUCAGGUUAGAGUGAAUCUUCUGGAGGGAGCUGGCUGGAGACAUCUGUUAAUAACAUCCAUCCUUUCUUGCCUUGCCAGCAGGGAGAGGAAUCUUCACUGGAACCCCAACCUGGCUUGCUCAAGCUGUCCUGUCCGCAGCUCCCACCCUCCCAUUCGUUAAAGCCUUCCUGCUCUUUUUUAACUUUGUGCUGUCUGUAUUUGCCUUUUAUUAGGAGCUUUGCUUUGGGGGAAAAAAAAAGUGUCUACCGUUGUAACAUUUUCAAGUUGUACAUUUUAUUUAAUAUGCAUGUAAGAAGAAUUCACGGUGAUGAUUGAAAGUAUAUAUAAAUAUAAAUAUAUAUAUAUUCCUUAUUGAAAAACCACUGCCUUACUGUACACUUAAACCACGAAGAAAAAAAAAACAAAAACAACACACAAAGGUGCUCAAAAAAAAAAAAUCCAAUGUACACCUUGUACAUGAAGGGGCAUUAGCCAAACAGAGUUACCUGCGCUGCCACUUUUCUCAACUUGUACGUUCUGCUUGCUGCUGUUUUAAAAUAUACUGUCUCAUUUAAGAAUUAAAAGUAUAUAUAGAAAACAAUAAAAAUCUUGAUACUUUACAA